GAUAUCAUUUGAAAACUUAAGAUACACGACUAAAUGAAACAUUUUCUUCUGAAACGUUGCGAAAUAUGUACAUAUUUGUCUCAAUUAAUCUGUUUACACGUAUUAUUUAAAAGUAUUCUUCUUUUUUUCAGUAUCUGCUUUUUUAAUUUAAAAUUGCCACAAUGGUUGAUGAUCUUGAAUCAUAUCAGUUCGUCUAUACAUGGAAUAUAAAAAACUUCAGCUCGAUUUCCUUAAAAAGUGGAGAAUUUAUGUACAGCCCUUGGACUUUGGCAGAAAGUCUGAAUAGAACAAAAUGGCGCUUCAGAUUCUACCCGAAAGGACUUCGAUCAAGAGAAUUUCCGUGUUUUUUGCUCAGAGCAGAAGAAGAUGAUGGCCCGACAGUCAUUCAAGUCAGUGGUGAUAUUGGACUGGUAGACACAAAUGGAGUGUUUAGAGUAGCUGAAGAUCGUUUUCGAUCUCGUCCCAUGGAACGUGGAGACAACGAAGGAACGAACAAAUUUAUGAGCCUCGAAAGGUUAUUUAGUGAACGGGAAUUGCUUUUAGCAAACGAUACAUUGACCAUUCAGUGCCGAUUAAAAGCUAAAAACUCUAAAAAAAGCAUCGUCACAAGGUGUAUUGCAGUUUCUGAGAUCAUUGUUGACAAGUGCCUGUUUCAAUGGAACAUACGAAAAUUCGAUUCCUGUCAUAUAAAUGAUAGAAGAAGAGUGUAUGUUCCUUUAAGUUUAAAGUUCGAAAUAGAGUUCUAUCUCAGCGGACGUACAGAAGAAGAUGGGUUUGUUACUAUGGUGAUGAGGAAAAGUGACAAGAAACCCCUUUUUCUAAAAUGUUCGGUGACACUGUUAGAUAGAGUUGGAUUACCAACAGAAGCUAUCAAGACUUCUGUAGAACACACGUUUACCAACGAGGUUACUCUAAAUCUGAUGCCGAAAAGCAAGCUACUUCAGGACAGGAAGCUAUAUGAAAACGAUGGUAUGCUGACUUUUCAAAUAGAACUUUCAAUUUCUGAUGGAACGACUGAGUCUUGCAUUACGGAACUUUACCAAGUGCCACGUGACAAAGAAAUAGAACAGGAUGCAACUCCAGCAGAUCUUAAAAAAGAUUUGCGCCAUUUGUAUUUGGAGAGAAAAUUUACUGAUGUUCAACUAAGUGUUGGAGAUGGAAUAUUCCCUGCACACCGUAAUGUUUUAUCAGCUCGAUCACCAGUAUUCCAAGCCAUGUUCGAACAGGACAUGUGCGAAAGUAAAAACGGUGUAGUGCACAUAACUGAUAUCGACUCCAAUACAUUGGAUAGACUGUUAAUGUUUAUUUAUUCGGAUACUUUGGAUGAUUUGGAAUGCGAAUCUGCCUUUCAGCUGUAUAGUGCUGCUGAGAAAUACUUCGUGGAAAAAUUAAAAGUUGAGUGCGAAAAGCUUUUGAUCAGAAAAUUGUCGUCAGAGAGAGUUCUAGAAAUUCUCUUAUUUGCGGACUUGCACAAUGCCGAAAAUUUAAAAUCAAAAGCUGAAGAAUGCGUCGUUAAAAAUGCUACUCGAAUAAUAGCAACUGAGGAAUGGGAAGAAUUCGUUAACGUUAAUCCUUCAUUAGCUAGCAAAAUUGUAAAUAAUCUUUCAAAACGAAUAAUUCAAACUCGUAGCAUCCUAGGAAAUAUUUUUAAUUAAAAUUUUCUUUAAUCGAAGUAAGUUUUUAGUAAAAACUUCCUUAGUAAUUUGUAUUUUUCCCCAGCAUGCAUGUGCAACAUUCGUGAAUAAGUCUAAUUUUGUAUUUUAUUAUUUAUGUAUAUAUUUGUACAUUUUUACUUGAAAAUUUCUUUUUUUUUUUUUUUUUGAGUACAUAAGCCAUAGCUGCUAAAUUUUAAGCUUUUUUCAGUGAUUGUAAAGUUCCGGUGGUUGUAAAAAAAAAAUUCAAAAAUAAUAAAAAUUGGUUGAAUUAUUA